UCCAACGGCACGACCACACGAUCAAAAUGGAGCGCACUCUAUGUUGGACAACCAAAACUUGCCCUCCGUUAAAGAAAAUAGUAUAGUAAAGUCAAUCCGCUGUAACAUGACACCUGCGUGACGUUUGUUCUCCGUCGAUGUGGAUUUAUAACACGAUAACUAUUCAUCCACGAACAGCUCGUAACCGUCGAGUGAAACAAACACCGGUGAAACAGUUUUUAUCUACCCCCAAAUGAGCGACGAUAAACUCCGCGUUAGUUCUUACGCGUGAGCACCGGAAAGUAACUAGAAGGUAGCUUAGGUAAGCUAAUGUUUAUAGCUUUAAUCGGGGCGAGGUGCGCACUUUUCCGGGACCUUUCAGAUGGCUGUACGCUGGCUAUGCAGCUGAAACAUAACAUUUUGUAUAGUAUGCUGUCGUAUUGUGUACAAUAUCUCUGCUCAGGAGUGUCAGUGUGGAUCUGUUUGGCAGGAAGCUUUGGGACCAGACGGCCUCUCUUCAUCUUCAGUGUGAAGUUCAGCCUGUUUGGGAAGCCCUUUGAUGGUGGGAAGAGGAUGGACCAUGGCGGCCCACAGCAGCAGCAGCAACAACAGCAUCCAAUGGAGCAGCAGCAGCAGCCGUAUCAUCCACAGCACCCUGCGAUGAUGCGGCUGUACGAGGUCCACAAGGAGGUGACGUCUCUGGGGCCCCAGGUGUGCACCUUCAGCGGCCUGCAGCACGACCGCGACUACAAGCGUCUGGAGCGCGAGCUGACGCGGCUGCUGCUGGACGUGGACCAGGUGGACACGGAGGGCAAGCAGGAGCUGCAGGGGGCGCGGAAGAGAGCGGCGCAGGAGGUGGAGGGCCUCCUGCGCUACCUGGAGGAGAACGCCACCCAUCCGUCCCGCGCGGCCAUCGAGGAGCUGAGCAACGAGGCGCGGCAGCUGGUGGACGACCGCGUGGUGGCGCCCCAGCGGUCCGGCGGGGUGGCGGAAAUAAACGACGAGCUGGUGGACGCCCUGCAGGUGAUCGUGCUGAGGCUCACCCAAGUCAAGACCGAGGGGAGGGUGCCGCUCCGCAAGGCGCGCUACCGAGCGCUGACCCGCAUGUGCGCCGUCCAGGACGUGAUCGAGAGUCGCACGGAGCAGCAGACGCUCUCCCUGCCGCUGCCGGGCGACACCCACGAGGCCGUGUACCGCAUCAACCAGGUGAUGGUGAAGGUGAGCGUGGCGCGCGGUCAGCUGGUGGCUCUGCUGAUGGGCCUGAGCGGCAGGGACAGCUGCGCCCACCUGUCACGCAUCCUGACGGAGAUGGAGGUGGACCUGGACGCUCUGGAUGUUUCCGGGAACGCGGCGAUCAGAAAUUACAGGAAGCAGGUUGUGGAGGAGAUAAACGGGCUGCUGAAACAUCUGGACCUGGAGGGGGAGGGAGAAGACACACGCAGGUACGACUUGGGGCAGAACAACUCCAUCCGUGAGAUCGAGGCGGUGCGAGCUCACGUCUCCCACCUGCGAGAGGGCGUCCUGCGGCACUGCGUGAUGGGCGAUCUGAGUUUCGGGCCCAAAGCCGAGCUCCAGAGCCUCCUCACCCACCUGGACCAAGUGGACACGGCCAAGAACCCGUGCAUCCGAGAGGCCCGCCGCCGUGCCGUGGUGGAGGUCCAAGCCAUCAUCACUUUCCUGGACCUCCGCGAGGCCCUGGCGCGCCGCCAGCCGGGCCCCAGCGAGCACCCGGCGCACCGGGCCGUGUGGCUGGUCCUGGGGAGCCUCUCGGACCUCCAGGCCCAGGCGCUGGGCUUCGACGGCAAGCGGGUCGACAAGAGCUACAUUCUGCUGGAGGAGCUGCUGACCAAACAGCUGCUGACGCUGGACGCCGUGGACCCGCAGGGCGACGAGACCACCAAGAUGGCGCGGAAGCAGGCGGUGAAGUUUGCCCAGAACAUUCUCAACUACCUGGACAUGAAGACGGACGAGUGGGAGUAUUGAUUUAUGAAAUAUAAACAUCACAGCGUGGCAGCGGGACAUCGGAGGGGGGGCGUAAAUAAAAAGACAAAAAAAAACAAAAACUGGUACAUUAUCAUUCCACGGGCUGUAAAUAUUGACUCAAAUCCCCAGAAUGCACUGCAGCAGCGCUUUUCUUUCGUCUCUUUUCGUGGUAGAUGUGGCCGACCCUGCUGAGAAGACACAGAACUCCUUUUGUGAAACACUUUGAAUUUCUUUGGUGCGUUUUUGAAGAUUUUCUUUUGAAAUCUCCCAAAUAUAUGUGUGUGUGUGUGUGUGCGAGGUGUCGUCUGUCGUCUACGUCGUUGUUUGAU